AACGCAACGGAAGGAAGAGAGAGAGAGAGAGCUGUUCAUCUGCUGUAUUCUUCUGAUUCCUUCCCAUCCUACAUUUCCUUGCUUCCACCUGAAAGUCUGAAUCCCCCCUCUCACAUUCCUUGUACUCUCUCUCUCUCUCUCUCCCUCCCUCUCCGUCUCCCCCUCCCCCCCUCUUCAGCUCUCUCAAAUAUGGUAGUUUCACUCUUCCCGUGUUUUGGUGCUAAGGAUUGGCGGAUUUAAUGUUCCAAAUUACCACAUUUAUCUGUGUCUGAAUUUGGGUUCAGGAGGUUGUGAUCUUUGCUUUCCUGAAAAAUGGGGAAAUCUCCAGGGAAAUGGAUAAAGACAUUGCUUUUUGGGAAGAAGGGAUCUAGAUCUAGUGCAUCGAAAGGAAGACAAACUUUGAAAGCAACAAAUGAGAAAGAUGUAAAGAUUACUGGAAAGGCACCACUUGCUGAGAUUGUUGUGGAAUCUCCCUUGACUUCAUACCCAGUACCUGCUAGCACUGAGAGAAAUGGAGAGAAAUCAGAUCUAGUUCCUGCUAGCUCUGAGAGAAACGGAGGGUUAUUGCCCGAAAAUCAAGAUGCAGAAAAUCAAAGAAUUGUGGGAUCUGACAUAUCAAAUGAUUUAGAGAAUUCCAAGAAAGAGCAAGCUGCUAUAAAAGCACAGGCGGCUGUUAGAGGCUAUCUGGCUCGUCGAGCAUUUCGAGCAUUGAGGAGCAUCAUAAGGCUGCAGGCAUUUGUUCGUGGGCAUUUGGUGAGGAGACAAGCUGUUGCAACUUUGUUCUGUUUACAGGGAAUUGUAAGGUUACAAGCGCAUUUUCGUGGCCAAAGAAUCAGGCAGUCUGAUAUUGGGGUCGAAAUACGUAAAAUACGAUGCCAAGAGAAGGCUUUGGAUGCAAAGCCUUUGGAGUCUUCAGGGGUAUUGGUUUGGACAGAGAAACUGAUGGGAAGUGCAUUUGUUACUAAGCAACUUGUUACAUCAUCCACUGCCAUGCCUCUGCUGAUUCAGUAUGGACAAGGGGAACCUAAUUCAGCUUGGAACUGGCUAGAACGCUGGACGUCCACCUGUUUUCGGAAACCAAUUUUACAAUCCAAGAAGGGUGUUGAUUCAAAAUUUCAAACAAAACAGGGAACAUCUCAUCAUGUAGAAACUGAUAGCGGACGGUCAAAUCGCAGUGUCCGGAGGAUUCCUGCUGCCAACACGGAGCCUGGCUCAACACAUUUCACCUCUGAAUCUGAAAAAUCCAAACAUAACUUGAGGAAAGUUUCUAGCUAUCCAGUAGAUUCAGCCCCAGAAUAUCCCCAAAAUGAGCUUGAAAAGGUUAAGCGCACUUUGAGAAAGAUGUCUAAUUCUACAACAGAGGCUUCUGAUCGGCUAGAGGUUGAAGCUGAGAAACCUAAAUACAGUAUGACAGUCUCAACCUCUCCAUCUGACACUCUGGUUCAAGACGUUGUGGAUUCUGCAGAGAAGCUGAAGAAAGAUACAACAGUUGCAUCUCUGGAUCACCUUGAUUUGGAGACUGAUUCAAAAACAGUAGCAACAGAUGGACCGGUUGAUGUGUUGCAUGACAAUCAUCCUGCAGUCAAGUUACAUCCAUUGGAGGUCAGAGAUGGAAACAUAACUGUGACGAAUGGAGAGUUAAGCUCUAAGGAAGAUCAGCCUAGCAUUGAAAACCAGAAAACCACUAGGAGGAGAGCUUCUUUACCUGUGAAGCCAGAAUUUUCAGAGAAUGGUUUACAGCACAGCCCUACUCUGCCAAGCUAUAUGGUGGCAACUGAAUCAGCAAAGGCGAAGCUGCGGGGACAAGGCUCACCAAGGUUUGGUCAAGAUGGGCCUGAGAAAAAUGGUUUCACCAGACGGCAUUCUCUGCCAUCUGCAACCAAUGGGAAAGUGAACUCACCGUCAGCACGGGGACAAAGGCUGGCUCAAGCAAGUGGUAGAGGGGGUGGAAGAAGUGAUAUUUUAUUGUUGUCUUCAAAAGAUGGGAAUGAGAAGGCAAUUCAAGCAGAGUGGAAGAGGUGACUAUGCAGGAAAUGGGAAUUACACGAGAAGAUUUCAUAAGAGGAUGUAAAUGAUGCUUGUUGCCUUCUGUUUUGGUUUUUAUAUUCUUCCUAUUGGUGUAAAAUUCUGUUGUCAAAC